AUGACUCUUCUCCAAUUUUUACGACAAGCCCGGCAAAUACACCUCAAAUUCCUCUCGGGUGCCCUUCCUGACCCUCCAAUCUAUGUCAUCGGCAAUCCUUCCGCCGACCUUGACUCCAUCGUUUCAGCAAUCAUCUACUCCUACUGCGCGAACAACCGGCUCCCAGUCAAAACCCCACGACCCCAUAUCCCACUCCUAAACCUGCCCAAUUUCCCCGCUGGCACAGAGCUCUAUCGACUAAGACCGGAAUUUUCGGCUGCACUAUGGUCGUCAACCAAUUUCCCAGCCCUGAAAAGUGAAGAGCAAUUCGAGAACACCCUACAAUCUGCGGGGGAUUUUCUUCGCGAACAUGUUAUGACCGUUGCAGACUUCGCGCAGUCUCUCGAAGACCAACAUGUCUGGAAGCAGAUACUCGCCGAUGCGACCCUGGUAGAUUGGAACGCGUUCCCGCGCCCUUCAAAGACCGACAAAGGCACUGGAUUCCUAACCGGGUUACCGGGUGUCUCCUUCCGGACUGUUGGAUGUGUCGAUCACCACAUCGACGAGAACGCCAUGCCAAACACCGACGAAUUACCAAAAGGCCAGCCGAUGAUUAUCCAGCCGGGUCCUGGGUCAUGUGUAUCACUCAUCAUUCGAGAGUUGCAGCAACGAAAACUCUGGGACUCGAGCCCGGAGAUGGCGCAGGUUGCGAAACUUGCUCUUUCCGCGGUCCUAAUUGAUACCUCUAAUCUCACCGCCGAAGGCAAAGUGACCGAUGUAGAUCGGAUGGCUGUAGAAUUCCUGCAAUCUCAAAUCGAGGCGGAAUCAAAAGCUGCGGCCAAUUCAAAAGACCAUUGGGACCUGGAGGCGUUCUAUAAAAGCAUUCUUUAUGCUAAGCAGAAUAGUCUCGAUCUUCUUACGAUGGGUGAAGUGUUGGAUCGUGAUUACAAAGACUGGACUGAGACCUCACAGUCCUCGGGGAAGACUGUGAGAAUGGGCUUCUGCUCUGCUGUCAAGCCCAUGCGGUGGAUUGUACGGAAGGCGGGUGGUCCGGAUAAAUUCCUCGAUGAUCUGCGCUCGUUUGCAACCUCCGCCGAGAAAGACUUGGAUGUGCUUGUUGUCAUGACGGCGUUUACGGGCACUAAAAACAAAUUUUGCCGCGAGCUGUUUGUCAGCGUGAUGCGUGAUAAUGACUCGGCUGUUAAGGGUGUCAAGAGGUUUGUGGAGCACUGCUCUGACCAUCUUGGGCUCAUAGAGUGGUCCCCGCUCGAUGGGGAGGAUAUCCCUGAGCUGGCAGGAGAUUGUCUUUCCACGUUGAAUGAGGAAUCGUCCCUCUGGAGGAAACUGUGGGUGCAAACCAACGCGGCUGGGAGUAGGAAACAUGUUGCGCCAUUGCUACGGGCAGCGGUAGCUAAAUUAUAA